UUCCCUGGACCGCGAUGUGUGGGCGGGAUGACAUGCCGUCCCUGUCAUCUAGCCACACACCCGGGAUCAUCAACAGCCCUGCCUCCUCGCCGGUGAUUGGCCGCCGGAAAUGUAGCUCAGGAGAGUCAUACAGGUGGCCAAUUAGUGGCGAGGAGGUGGAGCUUGGAGAGGAGGAGCUGAGAGGCAGCACGAAGAUCAAAGAAGAUCGAGUGAGGGAGCUGUCGGAGCGAGUGAAGAGGAGAACGGCCGUAGAAGUAUGCUGGCUGUAGAUGGGAGAGGGAGGGAGCGAGCCCUGGCUGGAGCAGGGGUCAGCAAGGUAAGUAUCAU